AUGGCAGGUCCUGAGGGGACCUCGCAGAAUCCUAGUCAGAAUGCAGAUCUCAGCGCUGCGGAACGGAUUGCUCAGGAGGCUCGCGAAGCAACUCUUCGUACAGAAGCCAUGUUCAAGCAGAUGACCAAUCAGUUCUCAGCACAUGCAUCUGCACAAGAGGCCACUCUCGCGAAGCAAUCGGAGAAGAUUGACUCCCUCCAAGCACAGCUGCUCGCGAAGUCUGCUCCAAAGAAGUCAGAUCGUGUCUCUAACCCCGAGGUCAAGAGGAUCAUGCAACCGAUGGAAAAGGCUCAGGAAGCACUCUCUCAGACGAAGCAGACCUUCGAAGCUCAUCUGGACGGUACUUCGCCGCUGGCUCAUCUGUCUGAGGACCAGAUCGAGAACCUCAGGGGCCAGUGUGACGAAGGUGAGCUCGCUUUGGCUGGUGGCAUUCAGUUUUUGAUGGACUGGGAUUCUGAGGGCUUGGAGGUUGCAUCCGAAAUGGUCCUUUUGCGUGAGGAGGCGUCCAAGGAUCCUGCUGAAGUCAGCCUGGCAACCCGUGCAAAGAAAUCCCUGGCGGAGAAACGCAAAGCCUCAGAAGAACUCGCGAAACCUGCCAAGGAGCAAAAGUCAGCCUUCCCACAGAACCCUGGACGCAGCAGCUUCUUUAACCGCAACCGUUCCCCUUCCCCCCAACCUGGUUGGUUUCACCCUCCUCAGCCAAUUCUCGUUCCCUCCCCCAUGCCAGCUCCCCUCCCCAAUCCUGUUCCUUCUCCGAUCUACCAGAGCCAGUACCUGCCUCCCCCCAUUACCAACCCCACGGGCGAAUCUCUUCACAAACUCGCAGACCUUACAGAUGCUGCGGAGUUCGAAGGCUUUAAGGACCCUCCAAAGGCUGCUGCUGCGAAGUCUUCAUCUAAGGCCCCCGAACCCUGGCUGCGCCACCGUCUUCGUCGACACGUCCAGUUUUGGCGGGCUUUUGUUACCUCUAGCUUCGUUAUGUCAAUUCUUCUUACUGGCUACAAACUGCCUUGGAUCUCCAGUCCCCCCCUCGAGCCCCAGCUGUUCCGCAACCAUCCCUCAGCUUUCGAGCACUCUGACUUCGUCUCCGAGGCGGUUCGUACUCUCAAAGUCACGGGGACAAUCAUGCCAGUCUCAGAACAACCUUUCCUCGUCAGCCCCUUAGGCGUCGUCCCCAAAGCUGAGGACAAACUGCGGCUCAUACUCGAUCUCCGCUUCCUGAACCAGUUCCUGAAGAUCACCAAAUUCAAGUACGAAUCAAUCCGUAUGAUUUCCGAUCUCUGCCAGCCUCUGGACUUUCUCUUCACAAUCGAUCUGAAAGCAGGCUACCAUCACAUUGACAUCUACGAACCCCACUGGAAGUACCUUGGCUUCCAGUGGCAGGGCCAGUUCUACGUGUUCACGCAGCUUCCCUUCGGACUUGCGCCGGCGUGCUACGUUUUUACCAUGGUGAUGCGCCAACUCACGAAGUCCUGGCGCGAGCGGGGCUACAGGCUGGUCCAUUAUAUUGACGACUUCUUCUUUGCCUGUCGCGAUUCUGUGGAGUUUGCUCGUGUCCAAGCCUCCGUCCUCGCCGACCUCGCUGCCGCCGGUCUAGUUGUGUCACUUGAUAAGUGCCAGCUGUCCUCUUCUCACGUUGUCAAGUUUCUCGGAUUCGUGGUAGACACGCUUUUCGGUCAGUUUCGUCUUACCGCAAUCCAGAAAGCAAAGCUCAGCUCAGCAAUCCAGUCUUGCCUUCGCUCUCCUCGCGCUGUCCCCGCAAAAACAGUCGCUCGCGUUACCGGCCUCAUUCAAUCCCUCUCCCUCGUUACGGGCCCGAUCUCUGGGCUUUUUUCCCGCUUCCUCCAUCGGGCUCUUAACUCCCGUUCUUCCUGGUAUAGCAAAGUCAGUUUGGACAGCGCAGCGUUAAGCGAGCUCCAGUUUUGGCAAUCCCGUCUUUCUCUUUUUCAUAGCCGCGACAUCUGGCGUAAGCAUUCUCUCCUGCGGGUUCUCUACUAUGACGCUGGGGGCAACGGCUGGGGAGGUCAUCUGGAGAUCGGUUCCGCCAAACACGAAGCUCACGGUCCUUGGGAACCCCACGAAGUUCACGGGAUCACUUCUUCCACGUGGCGCGAAUUAAGUGGCCUGCUCCGUCUGCUUCGUGCGUUCAAACCUCUCCUGUCGGACUGCAGUGUCAUCGCUCGAGGCGAUGCUCUGAACGUUUUCUCCAUUCUCUCCAAAGGGGGCUCCGCCAAAGACCACCUCCAGUCCAUUUGUUUGGAGCUUUUCGGUUUCUGCUCUGAAAACCGCAUUGAGCUUCGCCCUGAAUGGCUUCCUCGAGAGCAGAACGCGCGCGCGGACUACCUGAGCAAGAUACGCGAUGUAGACGAUUUUGGACUGUCUCCCGAGACCUUCUCUUCCGUCUCUCAGCUCUUCGGCCCGUUCACAGUCGACCGCUUCGCCAGCGAACAUAACAAAAAGCUUCCCUGCUUCAAUUCUUUCUACUGGUGUCCGGGACCAGCAGCAGCCAAUGCGUUUACUCAAGAUUGGGGCCCCCCAGCACGCAACUACUGCUUCCCGCCUCCCACUCUAGUUGCUGCUACCAUCCGGCACGCGCGCGCGUGUCGCGCUCGUGUAACUCUCGUCGUUCUCGGCUGGCGUUCUGCCCCGUGGUGGCCCCUGCUGUGCGGUAGCGUCGCGUCGGGACGCGGUUUUGCGCCGUUCGUUCGGGGGCAGCUUUUCUUUCCGUCCGCUCGCGGAGCGCUGGUCCCGGGCUACUGGUUUAACUUCGAAAGUUGGGACUUGGACGCGGCGGGUCUCCAGUCUUUCGAUCCCGAACUAGCUGCCCUGUCAGUCGAUCUUCACGACGCCUCUCUCGUGGGCCGCGCCCCGGGGACUUAUCGCCUGUACGCGGGGCCUUGGCGUCGCUACAAGGACUGGUGUCAGAAAAAAGGAGUCUCAGCACUGCCCUCCAAUCCCCUCCAAGUAGCCCUUUACAUGAUGAAACUUCUUAGAACCGCCAACACCCCUGCCCCCCUUAAGACUUUCUCCGGUGCUGUCUAUUUUAACCACACCUCUGCUGGCCUCCCUUCUCCUACUAAUCAUCCCCUGGUUCGGAUGGCGCGCGAGGCAGCACGCCGUAUCAAGAUCGCCGGGCUUAACCAGAAGCGCCCCUUUCUAGCGUCUCAGAUUCGUCGCCUUUUCGACCUUUGGGGCUCCCCGUCCGCUUCGCUGUACCAGCUGAUGAAACUUGCUUCCGUCACUCUCUGCUACGUUUCUCUCUUCCGUUAUGACGACCUCGUUGCGAUCCAGUGGCAGCACGUCAAAUUCGUAGGCUCUUCCCACAUGGAAAUCUUCAUUCCCGAUAGCAAAACGGAUCAGUAUCGCACUGGCGACACAGUCUUCGUCGCCCGUCUUGGUGGUCCCUAUUGCCCGGUAGCUUUGAUCCAGCGCCUCCUUAGUGUCGGCCGUUACCACUCGUCGGGCCCCGGUUCUCUCAUUCGCGCCACCCUUCCUUGCGUCCCCGUCCAUCGCCUUAAGGACAACCCCCCUUGCUACAACACUGUUUUGAGUUGGUUCAAAGAAGCUGCUAGCUUACUCGGGCUGGAUCCUAAGUUGUACGGUACCCACUCGGGCCGCCGCGGGGGCGCGACGGGCGCGGCCACGAACGAGGUUUCUGACCGUCUGAUCAAGCGCCACGGGCGCUGGCGUUCCGACACCGCCAUGGGCCUCUACAUCCGCGACAAACUUUCUCAGAAGCUGGCUGUUUCCCGCAACUUGGGCCUACAGGAAGAUAUUCCGAUCGCACAAUUGAGAGAGUUCGAGCGCGAGGCCUGCUUGCAUUAG